UUUAAUAUUAAUAUUUAAACAAAAGUGCGUCCAAGUUCUCUUCAUGUAGAACCCCAACGCACCCCCCACCUAUCCCUUCUUUAGAUUUCCUCUCUCUUUUCCUCUCAUUUCAAUUUUUCAACUGCCUUUCUCCGCAUUGCAAUUUGCAAAACAACGGCUUUCACACCCUAUAAUACGGAUACUUCUCAAACAUACUCACAGAGCACAAUCCCUCUCUCUCUCUCGCUCCUCUCCCUCUCUCUCUCUCUCCAACAAAUUUCUUUUCUGAAGAAAUUUAGUCCUCAUGUAAUUGUAAUGUAAAGAGAAAAUGAAAAUUGGUGAGACAUCUAUGGGAAGAAUCCUACGACUCAUUUGCUGUAGAGACUGCGUAGAGAGAUGUGAAUCCGUGUACGUAUGAGCUCGAGCACGACCAUUUAGAGUUUGCUUGUCCUGUUGCUGUGUAAAACAGAAUAUUUGAAUAAUUUUUUGGUUUCAACGGUUUAAUAUCGCUCGAGGGCUGUCUGAUUUAUAUGGAUUUAUCAGUGGGUUCUGAUUCUGUUGAGCAGUGGAUUAGAUUUUUGCAUUGGGCGAUGGCAUCGCAGUGGUUCUCGGCGCGCAGAUGAUCGGCGAACCUUUUACUGCAUGAAAUGCGGUGGUGAGAUCUGCAGAUUACCAGUUUCCGAGUAAUUUUUUCAGACUUCUCCAAAACAGGAAAGACAACACAAUUCGAUUUCUUCUUCAGUGAGCUCUUGUUAAUCACAACGAAAAACCGAGAAAAAAAAAAAUGGAUUGAACAAAUCAAACGCAUCUGAUGCAAAUGUUAAAGCUAUUGGCAUCUUGCUGCUUGUUUAUAUCCCUCUUUCUUCCACUACACGCGGCUGAAAAUGGGCUCCGUUGCAACUGUGACGAGGACGGACUUUGGACCGUCGAGAACAUCAUGGAGUGCCAGAGGAUAAGCGACUUUCUCAUUGCAGUUGCUUAUUUCUCAAUCCCGAUCGAACUUCUCUACUUUGUGAGCUGCUCGAACAUCCCCUUCAAAUGGGUUCUUUUCCAGUUCAUCGCCUUCAUAGUCCUCUGUGGCGCUACCCACCUUCUCAAUGGGUGGACCUACGGUCCCCACUCCUUCCAGCUCACACUCGCCCUCACAAUCUUCAAAUUCCUAACGGCCCUAGUCUCGUUCGCAACAGCCAUAACCCUCAUAACACUCAUCCCCUUACUUCUCAAGGUGAAAGUGAGGGAGUUCAUGCUUAGGAAGAAGACAUCGGACCUCGACCGUGAGGUCGGGAUCAUAAAGAAGCAGAACGAGGCUGGGGUCCACGUACGCAUGCUGACUCAGGAGAUUCGAAGGUCCCUCGACCGCCACACGAUUCUCUACACGACGUUAGUCGAGCUCUCGAAAACGCUCGGCUUGAAGAACUGCGCCAUUUGGAUGCCGAACGCAGACAAAUCCGACGAGAUGAACCUCACACACGAAUUAAAGGAAAAUAAUUCCAAGAACAAUCUGAAUAUCGCGACGAGUGACCGUGACGUAAACGAGAUUAUUUCAAACGACGGGGUAAAAAUACUGAAUUCCGAUUCUGCCCUUGCUGUUUUAAGUAGUGGAGGGUGUGCCGACCCUGGUUCCGUGGCUGCAAUCCGUAUGCCGAUGCUGAGGGUAUCUAAUUUCAAGGGCGGAACUCCAGGGAUGGUCCCUGCUUGCUACGCUAUCCUUGUACUCGUCCUUCCGGAAGGUCAAAAUCGAACUUGGACCAAUCACGAGCUGGAAAUAGUCGAGGUGGUGGCCGACCAGGUGGCUGUGGCCUUAUCUCACGCCUCUGUUCUGGAAGAGUCUCGAAUGAUGAGAGAAAAACUGGUGGAGCAGAAUCGGGCACUGCAGCAGGCCCAACAGGACGCCUUGAUGGCAAGCCAAGCCCGAAAUGCUUUCCAGGCAGUGAUGAGCGAUGGGAUGAGGCGGCCCAUGCACUCGGUUUUGGGUUUGCUUUCGGUUUUGCAGGAUGAGAAGGAUUUGGUGAACGAGCAGAGGCUACUCGUGGACAGCAUGGUGAAGACGGGCAAUGUGCUCUCGACUUUAAUAGCUGACAUGAUGGAUGCUUCCGGAAGGCUGUUCCCUUUGGAAGUGGGGCCUUUUAAGCUGCAUCCUUUAGUGCAGGAGGCUGCGUGUUUGUCGAAAUGCCUGAGCGCCUACAGAGGCUAUGAUUUUGCUGUCGAGGUCGACAGGCGCUUGCCGAAUGACGUGGUGGGAGAUGAGCGGAGGGUAUUUCAGGUAAUUUUGCACAUGGUGGGUAGUUUGUUGGGCGGUGGAGGGGGUGUUCUCGUGAUGCGUGUGUUUUUGGACGAAGGGAGCAGAGGAUCGAACGAGCGGAGGUGGGCUCGGUCGAGGGACGGGUGUGCUUAUGUCAGGGUUGAGGUUGGGGUUUGCCAUGCAGGGUUGCAAGCUGGAUCUUCGAUUGUCCCGUUUGGAGCAAAUAGGUAUUUCUAUGGCAGUGGGGCUGAGGAAAGCACGAGCUUCAGCGCGUGCAAGAAGCUAGUUCAGUUGAUGCAAGGAGACAUGUGGGUGGUAUCAAAUCCAGAAGGUUUCGACCAGAGCAUGGCUCUCCUUUUACGUCUCCAACUCCGGCCAUCGAUUUCAACAACAGCCAUAUCUGAAAAUCUAUGUGAAUCUUCCAAUUCAAACUCCUUUUUCCAGGGCCUAAAAGUUGUUUUGGCCGAAGCAGAUGAUGUUAAUCGAGCCGUAACCCGUAAAUUGCUCGAGAAGCUUGGGUGCUCAGUCAUGGUGGUUGGGUCCGGGUUCGAGUGCCUCAGUGCUCUCGGCCCAGCCACCUCUUUGUGCCAGGUCGUGCUUUUAGAUCUCCACUUGCCUGAUCUUGAUGGGUUAGAAGUCACUUUGAGAAUCCGCAAGUUGAGGAGCCGUAAUUAUGGGCCGUUGAUUGUGGGCCUGACCUCAAGUGAUGGUGAGGACAUUAGGGAGAGGUGUUUGGGGAUUGGGAUGAACGGCGUGAUUAGGAAGCCAGGGACUUUUCAAGAGAUUGGUUGUGAGCUCACCCGAGUUUUGGCACAAGCGAAUAGGGUAAUUUCUUGACCAAUGU